GAUGCAAACUGUCUUCGUAGCUUGCACAUCUCAGCAGUCCGGCACCUUGAUCCUGCAGCCCAGUAAGCCGUGCUCGAUGACCAGCUCCAUGCUUGUGUCGCUGUGUGCCGCGGCUCCGGGGCUGGCGGGCCUGCUGAGCGGCUCGGUGCUGGCCGCAGGUGAGGGGAAGAAGAAGAGCAGCCAGCCGUCUCUGAGCAUCGAGGAGCUUCCAUCUCUGUACACCAGUCCUGAAUCGGCGGCGCCGCAGUACGUGGAGCCCGAGGCGGGUCCGGUGGAGCAGAGCGUUGCCUCGCUGAGGAAAUGGGCGGAGCCGUACACGGGCCAGUGUCAGCAAACUGGCCGGGCUGCUUUGGAGAAAGUGGAGCAGGUGUACCGGACGGUGGAGCCCGUCAUCAGCAGGUCAGCAGCAGCGGUCACAGAUGCGUACCAGUUCCUCAGUGACCCUCCUCCUGACCUCUACCCCAGUGUGGCGGUGGUGGGUUUCUCCGGCUUCCUGGGACUUUAUUUGGCCAAAGGAUCCCGUGUGAGGCGCCUGCUGUUUCCAGUCGGCCUCAUGGCUCUGAGCGCCUCCAUGUUUUACCCUCAGCAGGCUGCCACAGCCUUUAAGGUGAGUCGAGACUCGGCGUACGCCUGGACUCAGCAGGGCCGCGUCGCUCUGGAGACUCUGUGGAAAGAUCCACCAUUCGGCAGGAAGGAGCCCGAAAAGAAGGAGCAAACGAGCAGCAGCGACACGAGCAGCUGAAGAAGACGAGCCAGCAACACACUUCUGUACACCUGCAGGUUAUUCACACACUUUACACACAAACAGACUCACAGAGCUGCAGAUCCUGACAUGUGAGCUGCACUCUGAGUGUUUCCAAAACACCUCCGCCUCUUCCAAGAAGCUCUUUGGCUCGCUGCACUGGAUACCUCCUCCUCCUCUUCCUCCUCUGCAAACAUUACUUCUUUCUCCUUCGAUGACCUCAGCUCCUCCAGUUUAACCAAACAGGUCACAGUGUCACCGUCAGAGACUUCCCUCAGUUUCCCAGUCAGCUGCAGAGACGCUGCUGCUCAGAAAUACUGCCGAAAAUAACAGUCAGCUCCGCCCGAUCAGUCUUUAAGAAACAUGUUUAUUAAUACCUUCUUUCUCCUGCUCUGAAGGAAACUCAGUAUUUGAAGGUGUUUUGGACUUUUUCCAUAAUUUUUUUUUACCAUUUAUGGAGCAAACCAUCAAUGAAUUUAGAGAGCAUAUAUCCAACCUUUCCUCUACAGGACGGCUGUAACUGAUGUUGUGUUCAGGUCACAUUGUGAUGCUUGUAAUCCUGCUUUAAUACAGUAAAGGGCAGAAUAAUAUGUGCAUCCAUCAAGCUGAUAAUGAACUGUAUAAUGACCGUGUCUAAUAAUGCACUGUACAUAUUAUGUGUAAUU